GCUGGAAUGGGUGGAAAUCAUCGAGCCUCGCACGCGGGAGCGCAUGUACGCCAACCUCAUCACGGGCGAGUGCGUGUGGGACCCGCCGGCCGGCGUGCGCAUCAAGCGCACCAACGAGAACCAGUGGUGGGAGCUCUUCGACCCCAACACGUCCCGCUUCUACUACUACAAUGCCACCACGCAGCGCACGGUGUGGCACCGGCCGCAGGGCUGCGACAUCAUCCCGCUGGCCAAGCUGCAGACGCUGAAGCAGAACACGGAGUCGCCGAGAGCCUCCACGGAGAACAGCCCCGGCCGGAGCAGCAACGUCAGCAGGGAGGGCAGCACCAGCUCCUCCUUGGAGCAGGAGCUGGAGGGCAACGGUGGCAGCGAGAAGGUGCAGGAGCAGCCGCGGUCGAGCCGGCAGUCAACUCAAUACGCGGUGGUGAAGGAAGAAACAGAAAGCUCCUCACCUUCUGGAAUGUUUGAGAAAGAAUAUGACAUUUAUCGGGAUUACAACGCUGAAGGACAGCUCCUUCACUACAGGACAUCGUCACUGCGCUGGAACGCCGGCACCAAGGAGCGCAUGCUCAUCAAGGUGACCGACCGCGAGCCCAGCUUCCUCAUGCACCAGGGCAACGGCUACGUGGGCGAGGGCCAGCCGGGGAGCCGCUCGCGGCGGCCCUCAGGCGGCCAGCAAUCGCCCAACCUGCAGACCUUCGCCGCGGAGGCCGACAGCUCCGUGUUCUUCCCCGAGCGCAAGCCAUCGCCCUUCCUCAAGCGCGCGGAGCACGUGGGCAGCUGCUCGCCGCUGCUUGCCCGCAGCGAGCCCUUCUGCUCGCCGCUGCAGGCGCAGCACCGCAAGCACUCGAGCGAGUCGCAGCCCUCGUCACCUCGCUACGCCUAUGAGCCGCCCCUCUACGAGGAGCCCCCCAUGGAGUACCAGGCACCCAUCUACGACGAGCCACCCGUGGACAUGCAGUACGAGGCCAGCGGCGCCUACAAGGCCGCCUCGCCACAGAAGUCGCCCAUCCGCAAGCCUCACCCCUUCCUGCAGUCGCCCAAGCAAGGCUCCAACUCGCCCUACCAGCAGCUGGUGCUCACCAAGCAGAAGUGUCCCGACAGGUUCAUGAGCCUCGAGUACAGCCCGGCCGGCAAGGAGUACGUGCGGCAGCUCGUCUACGUGGAGCAGUCGGGCUCCAGCCCCAAGAUGAAGACAGGGCUGCGACACAAGUACUCGCCCAACCCCAUCGGCGGCUCCUACUCGCUGCAGCACAGCCCGUGCCUGCUGCGCGACCAGCGCCUCGACGUCAAGUCGGGCGAUUACAGCAGCAUGGAGGGCCCCGAUUUCGGCCCCACACUGGCGCCGGCCGACGACGCCAUGUCGUGGUCCAGCCAGCAGGACACCAUGUCUUCCACAGGCUACUCACCCGGCAGCAGGAAGAGGAAGAGCCGGAAGCCUUCGCUGUGCCACGAGCCCAACGCUGCCGCCGCGGAGGCACCAGGGGAGCGUGAGGCAGUGGGCGAGCAGACGGCAGGCGAGGAGCGCGCAGGGCCUCCGCGGACACCGGGCGGCCGCGCCGAGGCCAAGGCGGCGGAGGCGGAGGCGGCGCGCGGCUUCCCUGAGCCCUUCCUGGCGCAGGGCCGGCUGACCAACCUGGCCUCCCCUGAGCCCUACCUGCACCCGUCCCAGUCGGAGGAUCUCGGUGCCUGUGCCCAGUUCGAGAGCAGCAGACAGAACAGGAACAUGAUGCCUAGCGCCAGCUGUGUCUUCCCCACCUUCAACCUGCGCAAGCCCUCUUCAGAGACGGACAUUGAGAACUGGGCUUCCAAGCACUUCAACAAGCACACCCAAGGGCUCUUCCGGCGGAAGGUGUCCAUCGCCAACAUGCUGGCUUGGAGCAGCGAGUCCAUCAAGAAGCCCAUGAUCAUGACCAACGACCGCAACGUCAAGAAGGAGGCGUGCGAGAUCUUUAAACUCAUUCAGAUGUAUAUGGGGGACCGGCGGGCCAAGACGGACCAACUCAACGUGGCCUUGGAGAUCGCCACCAAAGGCUGGAGCAUGCAGGGCCUGCGAGACGAGCUCUACAUCCAGCUGUGCCGACAGACCACCGAGAACUUCCGUUACGAGAGCCUGGCCCGGGGCUGGGAGCUCAUGGCCAUUUGCCUGGCCUUUUUCCCACCCACUCCCAAAUUCCAUUCCUAUCUAGAAGGAUAUAUUUACAGGCACAUGGAUCCGGUGAAUGACACUAAAGUGACACAGCACAUUAAAGAGCUGCUGGAAAGGAGCAGUAAGAAGAAAUCCAAAUUGCGAAAGAAACCCAAGCCCUAUAUCGAAGAGCAUGAUGGGGUGGCCAUAAGCACUUACGCCAAGUACUGCUACAACAAGCUCCAGAAAGCAGCCUUGACAGGAGCCAAGAAGGGCCUCAAGAAGCCCAACAUCGAGGAGAUCCGGCACGCCAAGAACGCCGUGUUCAACCCCUCCAUGUUCGGCAGCUCGCUGCAGGACAUCAUCGCCAUGCAGAAGGAGCGCUACCCAGACAGGCAGCUGCCCUGGGUGCAGACCCGCCUGUCUGAGGAGGUGCUGGCGCUCAACGGCGACCAGACCGAGGGCAUCUUCAGGGUCCCCGGGGACAUCGACGAAGUCAACGCCCUCAAGCUGCAGGUGGAUCAGUGGAAGAUCCCCACGGGCUUGGAGGACCCUCAUGUUCCCGCCUCCCUGCUGAAGCUGUGGUACCGCGAGCUGGAGGAGCCGCUCAUCCCGCACGACUUCUACGAGCAGUGCAUCACCCACUAUGAGAACCCCGAGGCGGCCAUCGCCGUCGUCCACUCACUGCCCCGGAUCAACAAAAUGGUGCUGUGCUACCUCAUCCGCUUCCUCCAGGUGUUUGUGCAGCCGGCCAACGUGGCCAUCACCAAGAUGGACGUCAACAACCUGGCCAUGGUGAUGGCCCCCAACUGCCUGCGCUGCCAGUCGGACGACCCGCGCAUCAUCUUCGAGAACACCCGCAAGGAGAUGUCCUUCAUCCGGGUGCUGAUCCAGCCCCUCGACACCAGCUUCAUGGAGCACACCAGGACGGUCUGGGCCUCCCGACCCAAGCACUGCAUCCGAUGGGGCCAGGAUCUCCCAGCGGCCAGGAGCAGCCAAUCCCGCUCCGCAAUUGGGGAAUCUCCAAGCAAGCGCAGGGAGCAUCCAUCUGGACCACGGCUGUGGACACGAGCCCAGAGUGUGGGGAAGGAGCCCAUCUGGCACCACAUGUGGAGGUAA